CAUUCCUCACUUGGAGUUCAAACGGCGUACUAGGGCUGUAUCUACGUAUGUAGGGACGUACAGGGAAGAGUCAGCCCCAGCUAGCUCUCCAUCGGUGAUUCAACAUUGGAGAGCUCGGGCUGUCUCCAGGAUGACUGCAUUCCAAAGCUUGUGCUGGGCGUGGAUGGCGAGAACGGCGAGCCCUUCUGCUUCUCCUGUUCUUCUCCUAGGCCCUUGGAAGUCCUAGCAACAUCACUCAGCCAGCCAGACCACUCUCGUUGGCAGGCGAAUGAUCUGGCAAUCGCCGUUUUUCCUGUUCAGAGAGAGACAAACUGUCAAAGAGAGCAGAUCUCGGUGGUGAAAUUCUCGGUGAGCAAUGGUGUUGCCGGCUUUCUAAAUAUUAAAUACUUCGAUUUCCUGGUUAUUGGACUUGCGCUCUGACCGAUCGCUACCAUGACUCAAUUCACUCAAGACAGUCUCAGCCUCUUGUGUACCGAGGUUUUGGACAUUGGCGAGCUGACCAAGACACCCGAGUCCAAAAGCCACGCCGCCACCUUCAGUGAGCCGAUGAUGGCGGAAGAACGUUUCCGUGACAACUAUCCGGAAUUGCCGCCCACGGUCAAGGCCUUUCCAGACAAUUCUCAAGUGAAGGAUCAUCGCAUCCUGCAGAACCUCCUGCGCAAUGAGGACAAAUACCUACCCUGUGUGCCUGAUUACAUGACCUCGGUUCAACAGCUGAGUGUGACAUCCUCCAUGAGGAAGAUCGUCGCCGAAUGGAUGUUGGAGGUCAUCCAUGAGCAACAGAGUCAACCCGAGGUGUUCUGUCUAGCCAUGAAUAUGCUGGACCGCUUCUUGGCCUUGUGCCCGGUCAUGAAGUCGCAACUCCAACUUUUGGGCUCCGUGUGCCUUCUGAUUAGUUCAAAGAUCCGAGAACCUUGCCCGAUCCCAGGCCAGACCAUCAUAGUCUACACUGACUACAGUAUUACCCAAGACGAGAUCAAGGAAUGGGAGCUCUUGGUAUUGUACAAGCUGCAAUGGGAGCUGACUGCCAUCACCUCGAUGGACUAUCUUGAUCACACCAUCCCUCGUUUGGGACUAAAUAUCACUGAUGACGAGCAAGAGGAGCUCCGAAGACGAUCAGAAACUAUUCUUGCACUUUGUGCCACCGACUACCAAUUCUCGUACCACUCGGCCAGCCUUUUAGCCGCCUCCAGUUUGUUGCUGGCUGUGAAAUGUCUUUCAAAGUUCCAAGAUCAAGCCCUGGCUCUCCGUGAGAUCCAAUUGAGGCUGCAAACAGCCACCCACACAGCUACAAACCAUCUCAAUCAAUGCAUUAAAGACUUGGCAUCUAUAUUACCCGACUACCUGAAACCACCUCAAAUUGAAAUUGUCCAAACGCCGGAUUCCACAUCAUGCAAACCCGGCCUUCGCCGAAGUCACUCGUUUCCAAUGACGAUGGAAGCCGAAUACAAACCGGAUUCCACUACCCGCUUGGGCCCGGAAAGCUCCCCCGAACCUGAUCUCUUUUGCAAGGAAUACAUGUCCAAUGACAGUGCUCUUGGUGAGGAGUACGAUCACCCCGAUGGCGAUUGUUUGCCCACUGGAUCGCCCUCCUCCCGAUCCUCUUCGCCACUCUCAGCCGUAGAUAUCUUCACGGAUUACAAUACCCAUGUCCUUCAGGCUGUCUUUGAUCAAGCAGAGAAUAUGGAUUCGCACUGCUCGAUCCUCGUGAGCUGAUUCUGAUCUCAAUAUUUACGAAUCAAAAAUAUCCAUACAUGCAGUUCAAAAAAUCUUUCAACUCGAAAACCAUUACGCUUCUCUCAUCUCUUAAGGAUGGUGAUAUUUAUGAAAACAGAACCUGAUUAUAUAUCUGUAGAACACUACAUGCUUCGGUGAAAUGAUGACAAUAAAUCGACCGCAAGGCUUCAAUUUAA